AUUUUGAAAAAACAUACGAAAUAAGCUAAAUCUAUAAAUUUCUGUGAAUUUUUGUGCUAAAUUUUCUACGAUAAGUGAUAUUUAAUAACAGUUCCGCAAAAUAUAAAAAAAUUUUAAAAAUCUAAAAUUAAAUUGAGGCGAUGCGUAAAUUGAGGGCAAAGAGUAUCAAUGAAUUCAGCCAGUGACGCAUUUCAGUGCAUCCUACCCGAUGUAGCAGCUUACAUCACCAACGUCAGUGCAUCCUUGUACUCCAUGGUGAUGUCCAGAGAUUUGAUGGAAGAUUACUUGCAUUGUCAAGGUUUCGCGAGUUCGCUACUCAGUUCCAAUUGGACGAACCAAAUAUAUGAGUUCCCCUACCUAAUAGUGACUUUAUGCAUCUCCUUGCUUUUGGCUUUACUCGGCUUGAUUUGGUUUAUUUAUGAAUUUGUACAUGAGAAAAGCUAUCGCGCCGAAAAUAAGAUUGAACGCUACCUCCGUUUAGGUCUCUCGAUCUCGCUCUUACUUUUGCUGUUGCCUUACUCCUUUUGUUUGUGGUUGGCUUUUGUGUCUUAUUUGUCUGUGGAAUCUGUGCAUGCCGGCACCAAAGUGGCACUUAGUGAAAAUCGGCGUCUGAGCAAGUUCUUUGAAAACUAUAUUCAGUCCGUGGAAACAACACCAACUAAAGGCUCAGCGCAAAUAAGCAAGAGGAUAGAAAAUCUGGCGAAGAAUUUAGCAUCACAACUGGAAGCCAUUGCACCGAAGGUCAUAGAGAAAGGUGAACGAUGUCUUAUAGCGAAGUUAUCUUUCAAAAGCUUGGACAUAAUCACACUCAUCGGGAAAAUGAAAGAAGAGUUGCAGAGCCUUUUGGCAGAUGUUAUGCAACUGAUUGACCAUUCCCGAUUAUUUUAUCGCAAUGCAACAAGCUUUUUGGAUCUCAAGCAAAUAAAUUUCGACGUUUACUCCGAACUGAUUUUUAAGGAAUUCAAGGCCAAUCAGCAAAAGAUUCUAAUGCUCUUGAAUAUCGACAGAGUUCUGACAAAAAUUCAAGAAGUUGUGGAAUUUGCUUCGACUGUGAAUAACUUGCGGCGGGAUUUUACCAACAAUAUGGAGAAUGAGUUCAAUAUGCUGCAAAGAUUUGUAGACGACGUCGUGGUAAAAAAGGCGCUUGAAUACGCAACGCUCAAUGAGAGUUUGUCGGCAAUGCUGACGCAAAUGCGGGAUGAAACUGCCACCGAAGCAAACUUCUAUCUGCGUCCCUAUAUGGGUCACUUGGAACUGGUUUAUUGCGUAGUGGCACUUCUAAUACUUGUGCUGGUCUGUGUGUUUCUCGGACGAUUUUUACGAUGCCCAACGAAUCGGACCUUCACCCGUUGUGUGCUGAUGAGCAUAAUCGCAACGAUUUCCACAAUUCUAAUUUUUCUCUGCAUAUUUGUAAUUGUGCACUUCCUGCAUGGCGCCAUCUACUACAACUACCGGAGAGAAAUUAACGAAAACGAAGGCUUCUGCAACACAGCGACACUUCCUUAUUGCAGCCAACAUGCACAAACAAGCGUCUCUCUACAGCGCCAUCUUGCGGACAAUGUUACAGCGGCCAUUGCGAACUACCGAAAACAAACUCUGGCGCGCUUAUGCGAAAACAUACGCGAGCACAGCGUCAAUCCGCAACAAGUUCAAUGGGCGCAGAAGCUAAGUGAAGAGCUGAAUUUUUUCGAAGAAGUCUUCAGAUCAGGCGCCAUAUUUGAUGUUGUGAAACAAGAAUUGAGCUUGAACAAUUGGUAUGAGUUGCAUGACUUGCUGAGCACACAAAGCACUACUAAACCGGACGCACAAGCGCGAAAUGUCAGCCAAGAUAUGCUGGCAUGCAACUUAAAUACACUGAAGAACUAUAUUUUCGAUCAACUAUUCAAGCAUGGCAUCGUGAUUAGCCUCACUAAAUUGGCACAGCACUCGGUGAACCUGAAAUCUCAUUUGCCGGGCAGCAACCUAACUAAACUGAUGAAGCGUGUCUUGCGAGAGACACACGAUUUGCAGGACUUCUGUCAAAACGCAGACGAUUUCGCGCAAAAGGAAAUUGAAAGUAUUAUUGAAUUAUUUUCGAGAGAACUGUUGGGUUUUGAGUCAACUUUUAAGCAGCUGCCACUAUGUAAAGAUUUGAGGUUUGCCAGUUUGGGUAUAUCACGGGAGACUUACGAGUGCAUCGAGUACUCAUUGCAUGGCUUUCACAUUGGCGCUUUUGGUAUACUGGUACACCUCUGCAUCAUACAAAUCAUCUGCAUUUGCUUGGCCGUUCUCUAUGAGAAAAAUGCCACAAUUGGCGUAGUGAGAUCUUCCAGCUUAAAUCGAAUGCGAUAUCACGACGACAGUGCCACCACCAGCGCGAGAGAAGUAAAUGAGAAAGGAGCUUCAACUAAAAGCCGAGGCAGUUUUCUAGUGAAGAAACCCACGCGUGUUCGAUUUAAAGACAAACCAACGGUAAGCACUGGCAGGCGUUUCAAAUGGUGAUAUUUGGCAACAGCGGGCUUAGAAUCUGAGGCACGGAGGCUUGAAAUACUCGUACAAUAAAAGCACCGCAGAUGUAGGUACAAACUACACAAGCAUUUGAAGUAAUAAUUCUGGUGUUCGAUAAAAAAGCAACGGAAUAAAUAUAAAAAUGAUGAUGAAAUAAUGAAGAAAGCGCUUAGGUAUGUGAUAAGCAUAUGAAGUUGUGAGCUUUAAAUGUAUUUCUUAAAUUUUUUUUUUUAUUUUGUGUUGAACUAAAUUAAUCAUUAAAGGUCCUGUAUAAGUUUAAUAAAAUGUGUACCCUUUUUACG